GAACGAAUCAGCCCGACCGAAUUCCGAGGAAACAGCAAAGAUGUCGAAGUUCAUCCUCUUGGUUUUUGUAACUCUUCUUGCCAGCACACUUAUCGUAGCUGCUCCCGAUAAAUCAGUCUGCGGUCGACACGGUGACCCCUGCGUAGUUGAUCGUGAGUGUUGCCAAAACAUGAGGUGCCAUGGAUAUGCGCAUAGAUGUCAAGUUAUUAUCACCUCCGAAGAACUAAUGGCGCAAAGAGAAAAGAUUUUAGGCAAAAAAGGAAAAUCUUAUUGAUCAACUUUUUAUCUUCUUCUGAUCGCUCACUGAUGAUGACGGUCGAAAAGAAAAAUAACUUUUUUUUUUUUUUAAUAUAUAUUUACAUAGAUAAAGACAAUUACUGAAACAAUAUUAAGUUACAGCAUGAUUAAAAUGUAAAAUUAAAUUAUUUUUGGAAAUAAUGAAAUGGAAAUAACUAUAGAAAUGUAUAACCUGAAAAAUAAAUAUUUUUGAUCGUA